AUUUCCCAAACAAACCAGAAGCACGUAAACACAGCAACCCAACACAAAAGCAAAAACACGAGCGCCUUUGGUUUCUCUCUUUAGUCGAGAAAGUUUCUGAUAUUUGUUUCUCUUCCCAUUUCGAUCCCUUUUCUCGGGAAGGAUCUGAUCGGAUAAUCUUUCUUUCUCGGGGGAAGAUGAUGUACGAGCAACAGCAGCAACAACAGCAGCCGCAGCAAGUGAGGAUGGAUAUCAGGAAGAAGGCUGGUCAUGAGAGGAGGAAGUCGAUGACCGAAGAAGAGAGGCUUGAGAUUGUGGAUUUGAGUGGGAUGUCUCUUGAUGCCUUGCCUAAUCCCUCUCUCAAUUUGGGGAGUAUUUGCAAGCUUGAUCUUUCCAAUAACAAUCUCCAGAACAUACCAGAAUCCUUGACAGCAAGGUUACUGAACGUGGUGGUGUUCGACGUGCACUCAAAUCAGCUGAAGUCCCUUCCAAACUCAAUUGGGUGUUUGUCAAAGCUCAAGAUUCUCAAUGUUUCUGGAAACCUUCUUGAAUCUCUCCCCAAACCUAUUGAAAAUUGCAGGUCACUGGAAGAGUUGAAUGCCAACUUCAACAAGAUCAGCGUGCUCCCAGACACCAUUGGAUUCGAAGUUAUCAACCUCAAGAAGCUAUCCGUGAACUCCAACAAGCUUGUCUUCUUGCCACGCUCUCUCACCCACCUGACCAAUCUGCGGGUACUAGAUGCUCGCCUGAACUGCCUCAGGUCUCUUCCUGAAGACCUUGAGAACCUCAUCAACCUCGAAGUUCUCAAUGUCAGCCAAAACUUCCAGUACCUGGAAACCCUACCCUACUCCAUUGGCCUCCUCAUGUCCCUUGUCGAACUGGACGUCAGCUACAACAAGAUCACCGCCCUCCCGGACUCCAUCGGAUGUCUCAAGAAGCUCCAGAAGCUCAUUGUCGAAGGCAACCCUAUGGUCUCGCCUCCAGUCGAGGUUUUCGAGCAGGGUUUGCAUGCGGUGAGGGAGUACCUAAGUGAGAAAAUGAAUGGUGGACACAAGAGUCCAACCAAGAAGAAAUCUUGGGUGGGGAAGUUGGUGAAGUAUGGCACCUUCAACGGGGCCAACAGAAGCGUCUCUCGAGAGGAGAGAGAAGGGUACAUCAUGCCUGAGUACCGCUCCAUCGACGGCCUUGCUUCCCCGAGGUAUAUGGGAAUGUUCUCUCCCCGUCGUCUAUUCUCGCCUCGUCAUUACUUCAGUCGGUGAUGGGAAGAACUGUCUUCAAAAUAAUAUAAAAUUUAAAAAAAAAAAAACAAAAAGAAUUAUAUGUUCAUGAGUCUUCUAUUUCUCUUUUUUGUCAGCAUGAAUCGUGAGUCACUGACUCAUGAGGAUGAGGUUAAUUUCCGUCGUGUGUUUUGGGUGUGUAUUACUAAGACGGUAUUGUACCAUGUAGGAUAUUGGGAUUAUUGUGCUUUGUAGGUUGUUGUGUGUAAGCUUGAGCAUAUCAUAUAGCUUGCUUUAGAUAUAGUAAUGGUUAGACUCCUGGGUUGGUCUGUAAAUAAGAUUCAUACGUUUGAUAUACAAUUUUGAACCUUUUGAUAAUAAAUUAUGUGGAGCAUAA